CCUUAGAUCUGCCACUUGUUUUUCGACUCGAGACUUUCAAGAAAUUCUAAACAAUGCCUGGCGUUAAUCCUGACCUCCCCCCAGUACGGGCGUGUCUCUUUGACAUGGACGGCCUUCUCAUCGACUCCGAAGACCUCUACACCGACAUCACCAAUCAGGUGCUGCACUCGUUCGGCAAACCUUCGCUUCCGUGGUCCAUCAAGGCUCAAUUGCAGGGUCGUCCUCAGCCAGAAGCUGCCAGAAUCUUCUCCGAUUGGGCGCAACUCCCUAUCAGUCACGAGGAAUAUGUUUCACGGAUCUCAGCGCUACAAGCAGAACUCUUCCCGACGACCAAGCCGCUGCCCGGCGUAGAGACAUUGCUCAAGAAUCUCGUGUCUACGCAGAAGGGCCCUAACCCGGUGCACAUUGCCCUGGCAACAUCCAGCCACACACGGAACUACCACCUCAAGACGAGCCAUUUGCAGGAUCUCUUCUCCCUCUUCCCUGAGUCCCAGCGUGUGCUAGGCGAUGACCCCCGCAUCGGCAAGGGUAGAGGAAAGCCACUACCGGACAUCUACCUCCUUGCCCUAGAAACAAUUAACGCCGGGCUUCGAGAGAAGGGUGAGAAGGAGAUCACGCCGGAGGAGUGUCUUGUUUUCGAGGAUGCGGUGCCUGGUGUUGAAGCUGGCCGGCGCGCGGGUAUGAGGGUUGUUUGGGUCCCACAUCCGGGAUUGUUGGAGGCGUAUAAGGGACGUGAGGAAGAGGUGCUUGCUGGACUGACAGGGGAGCAUAAAGAAGAGGAAAAGAGUGAGGCUGAGAAGGAAGCGACCGAGUUGGCGGAGGAGAGGUUGAAGGCUAACAGUGCUGGAACGCCUGGAAAACUGGGAGAUGGAUUCGCGGAAUUGCUGACGACACUGGAGAAUUUCCCAUAUGAACGCUACGGUAUCAAGGUUGCGGAUGCUUGA